GAGAGACUUCAAGAGAGAGCAUUAGGACCCUGCAGGCACCCGGAGGAAAGUCACAUGGGAAGAAGGGAAGCAGGUUACAAAUUGUGCAUGAAGGAGACUAAUACUGCUGCAGUUGCCAGAUAAAGGCGGAAACAUGAGAGUAAGCAAGCAGGGAGCAAUUGGUGCCCGGCAUAACCAGCCCAAUUAAACAGCUCUCACAAGAGGAAUGCAGCCAGGCUAGACCAAAGAUGCGCAGGGAUGGCUGGAAAAUGCAAUCAAGACUGGAUGGGGUCCCUUCCUGCUGCCCUUAGUGCACUACCUCUGACCAAUCUUGCCAUACCAGGAUCACAUAAUUCAUUCAGCUAUUGGGUUGAUGAAAAGUCUCCUGUCGGACCAGAUCAAGCAGCAUUUAUCAAACACUUAGCAAAGAUUUCUCUGGUAAAGAGAUCAUUGAAGAAGUGGGUGGUUACUCAGAAUUUAACAUUUAAAGAGCAACUUGAAUCAGGCAUACGGUAUUUUGAUCUACGUGUUUCUUCUAAACCAGAGGAGGCUGGAAAAGAGAUUUACUUUAUUCACUGUUUGUAUGGAAUAAAAGUAUGGGAGGGGUUAAAAGAGAUCAACCAGUACUUAACACAGCACAGCAAAGAGGUUGUCUUUUUGGACUUUAACCACUUUUAUGCCAUGGACAUUGAACAUCACCUUUACCUGGUCAACAUGAUUCAGGAAGUAUUUGGCAGCAAGCUGUGCCCAGCUGAUUGUGAUAAAGAUAUGACCCUUCAAUACUUAUGGGGGAAAAAAUAUCAAGUUUUGAUUUUCUACCAUUAUAUGAAUGAAUAUUUAUUUCUUUGGCCCGGUAAUAAAAUGCCCGCACCCUGGGCCAACACCAUCAAAGUUCACGAGCUUAUCCAGUUUCUCGAAAAAACUCUCACAGAGCGAUCAAAGCGUGGAACUUUUCAUGUAUCACAAGCUAUUUUGACACCGAAAAAAAUGACUAUUAUUCGUCGACUGAAAUCUGGAUUGAAAAAUACACUUGUUCACAGAAACCUGCCCAUGAUUUUGAAAUGGGUCGAAAUGCAAAAACCUGGUGUGAUGGGGGUUAACAUCAUUACCUCAGACUUUGUGGAACUGGUUGACUUUGCAGAAACUGUGAUCAGAUUAAAUGACCUCCUUUUAUAAGCAACAAAGAAAGCAGCCAAAGAUGAACUUUCCUCCCCAUGGGAAGCACUGCAUAUAUUAUACACCAAUGUUUGUACUCCAAGACUAUAUAAUUAUGUUUUCCAGUUUUAGGUUUUUCCCCAGCUCCCUACCAUCACUGGAUUCCAACCUUAUCUAGGUAAUUGCACAUUAACACAUUUCCAGAAGCACCCUAGUGUCCUGACUACUAAAUCUGGUCUCCUACUUCUGAUGAAGUGGCUGGGUGCCACGUAACGCGUUAAGCGAGCAGCUUAUUUUGUUGGUAUGCUGCUGUAAUUUUGGAUAUUUUAAUGUGCUCUAAAUAAAUUUUCUCUACUAUUUUAAACCGG